GACAGCGAUAAUCAAGUUGGGCAGAGAUUUGUAGCAGAGAUGUCAGGCACUAGAACACAGGUUGCAGACUCAUCGACGUCACCACCUUUAAUUGAUAACCGUCGAAUCGAUUACUCUGCACUGAAAUUCACUUAUGUCGACGGAUCUGAUGACGAAAGUGCGAUUACAUCGGAAUUGCCAUCGUGUGUUUAUGCUGCUGCAAGAAGCCGUCUUCAGCUUCCUUUAGCUGCUUAUGUUCAUCAGCAUUCUCGACAAAUUCAUACAGAUGGUCUUCUGGACACAUCAAUGGAGCCAGAAUAUCAGUGUGGAGGGUCUCCAUACCGCGUACAACGGGCGGCGGCGAACGUCCGCGAACGACGGCGAAUGCUGAGCAGUAUAAACUCGGCGUUCGACGAGUUGCGGGUCCAUGUUCCAACAUUUCCGUACGAGAAAAGGCUGAGUAAGAUUGACACCCUACGGCUUGCGAUCGCAUACAUCGCACUACUUAGAGAGGUCCUGGAUGCAGAUUACGAUCCCUUGACUUAUGUAGAGAAAUGUCUUCGAGGUGAAAUCAAGGCCGAUCGUGCACAUUGGAAUACUAGUGAUUUGACCGCAAGAUUAUCGUGGAUUAAUUGGGAGAACUUGGGAGUUAAUCCGCAAAGAAGGAGUGUCUUGACAUCGCUGGCCCUUAGUUCUGAAAAUAUGCAGUAUCCUCAUAACUGAUGCAUUUUAAUGGGAUUAUGUUAACUAUUCAUGUACUGUUGCAGACACUUUGUAGUUAAUGUCUUUUUACUUUAUGUUAUGAAUUAGAAGAAUAGUUAUCAGGUCUGAUUCUAUUAUGUUAACGUUAUUAUUCGUAGUUUAAAAAAAAAAUCUAGUGCCAAGAGUACUCUAUAACUUGCAAUUGCGAUAGUGAUCCUGACUAUUCAGUAUCGAAAUUAGAGAGUACCGGUGCAGGCCACGCAACAAUAUGAACUUAAUUUUUGUAUAUAAGUACGAUGUAUCAUUUUGUAUGGAAAAAUCUUCUAAAUGUGUUUGGGCCAUUAAAUAAGUUUUCCAUCCAAAAGUUAUGGGCGUUCUACUAUUUUAAAGCUGUUAAGACAGUUUCUUGUUUUAGUUUAUAACCAAUACAUCUCUAUCUACGAAAAUUAUAUUUGAAUUUAUUACGCAGUUAUUCCAAAACAUGUAUACACACUGACGGACUCAUAAACUGCAUCAAAGUAAAAAAGUGAUGAGUAAAAAAGCUAACCCAACAAUUCUGCUGGUAACAAUAAUUCAAUUGUCAUAAGAAUAAAAAAUCAAUAAGAAUCAAUUUAAAAAAACACACAACU